UAUUUCGGUUUAAUCUUCCCCACCUUAUCUCCUUCGUCACCACAAAUAGUCAUCUCUCCCACUCAAACAAACAAAAGGGAAAUCUCUUUUUGUCACUGUCUCUCAUGGCGACUCUUCCUCUCCCUCAAACCUCCACAAUCUCUCUUCCUAAACCUUACCUCUCCAAUUCCUUCUCCUUCCCUCUCCGGAAAACGACACUCUCAACAAAUCGCCGGAACUUUCUUCUUCCCGGCCGGAUCGUCGUGGCUCAGUCAUAUAAAGUGGUGGUGGAGCACGACGGAAAGAAGACGGAACUGGAGGUUGAGCCUGACGAGACGAUCCUAUCUAAGGCUCUUGAAUCAGGCCUCGACGUACCGUACGACUGCAACCUCGGCGUUUGUAUGACAUGUCCGGCGAAACUCGUGGCCGGAACUGUUGAUCAGAGCGAUGGGAUGCUAAGCGACGACGUUGUUGAACGUGGCUACGCGCUUCUGUGCGCUUCGUAUCCAACUUCUGAUUGUCACAUUAAGAUGAUCCCUGAGGAAGAGCUCUUGUCUCUCCAACUCGCAACAGCCAACGACUGAUUUUAGAGAAGAAGAAAGAAAGGUUUCGUUUUUAGUGUAAUACGGCGUCGUUUUGUAUGGAUUCUUUGCUUUUUGAGACUUGAAAUGUUACAAAUGGAAGUUUAAUACACAUUCCCAAGUUGAUUCAA